AGCAUUUAUAAAAGGCAGACUCAACUCAUCACGAAUAACUCCGAAACACACAGUAGAAAUUUUGUUAGCGAGAGAAAGAGAGCUCGAUUUCAAUGGCGGCAUCCAAGAGCUACUACGCGAGAUCAAACUUCCGGUACUUUUCCGGUGAAAGGGACGUUUCUAUCGGAACGGACUCCAUGUUUGAGCUCGACGAAUCAGAUAUCUGGAACGUUGCCGCAUCGCCUGAGUUACGGAAAACCGUGCCGAGUUCGCGGAUCUCGAAGAAGUCAUCGGCGGUGGUGAAGCGAGAGGAGAUCGGAGGAACAGCGUCGUCGUUGCCGGUCAAUGUUCCGGACUGGUCUAAGAUACUAAAAGAAGAUUACAGGGACAAUCGGAGGAGAAACGACGAUGAAGACGAUGAUAUCAACGAAAAUAACUACGGCGACGACGGCACCGGUAACCGGAUUCCGCCGCAUGAGUUUCUGGCGAGACAACUGGCGAGGACGAGAAUCGCCUCGUUUUCCGUCCACGAAGGAAUCGGGCGGACUUUGAAAGGACGAGAUCUGAGUAGGGUUAGAAACGCAAUUUGGGAGAAAACUGGUUUUCAGGAUUAACACUUCCUAUAAUUAAUCUUCUUCAAAUUAGAGUAGAGUAUUGCGGAUUUUACACAUUGAUGAGAGAAUUUUCACUACACACUGUUAACUAAACAGGUUUUUCCCCUUAUUUUUUUCUUCCACGAUUUUACAUCUUUCUGGUGAUUUUUAUAAUGUAAUUUUGAGUUUUGAGACGAAAUUAUAGAUUUUUACUUUCAUA